UCACCAAGAGCCUCUGCAGCAGGAAGAUUCAUAAGAAUGGCAAGUUCACAGUUCCACGGUCUGCAAUUGGUCAGAGUUUCUUCCCCAUCUCAGCUUUUCGUGUCUACUGCAUUUCAGCAUGGUAGAGUGACUUUCCAAAGAAAGAGCAAUCAUCUUGUUUAUGCUUCCACCAACAACUUCAACAGGGACCAUCAUCUUCAAUCAAAGGUUGAAACAGUGUUAGACAGUUUAAAAUGGGAUGACAAAGGUUUAGUGGUUGCCAUAGCUCAAAAUAUUGACACUGGAGCCAUCUUGAUGCAAGGGUUUGCAAACAGGGAAGCAGUGGCUACAACAAUCACUGGAGGGAAGGCAACAUUCUACAGUCGAUCGCGAUCAACGUUGUGGACAAAGGGAGAGACCUCCAAUAAUUUCAUUAAUGUCCAUGACAUUGCCCUUGAUUGUGAUCGGGACUCGAUAAUAUACCGUGGGAAACCUGAUGGUCCAACUUGUCACACAGGAGCAGAGACUUGCUAUUACACCUCGGUGUUUGAUUUGUUAGAAGAUCAGCAGAGUGGAGGAGAUAAGUUCCUGUUGACCACUCUGAACUCUUUAGAAUCUACAAUUGCAAAACGAAAAGGAGAACUAGGAGUCCCACAAACUGGAAAGCCCUCUUGGACUAGACGACUACUACUUGAUGAGAAAUUGUUGUGCUCAAAAAUCAGGGAAGAGGCAGAUGAGCUAUGUCGAACACUAGAGGAGAACGAGGAUAAAUCGCGUAGUGCUUCAGAGAUGGCAGAUGUGCUUUAUCAUUCAAUGGUUUUGCUGGGCCUCAGAGAUGUAAAAAUGGAAGAUGUUUUAGAAAUUUUACGACAUAGAUUUUCUCAGUCAGGUGUCGAGGAAAAGAGUAGUCGCAAGACACAAGGCUAGACAUGGACUGUAUUCUGUAAUGUUUUGAGUUGUGCAAUACCAUUCACAGUUUAGAUGACCCCUUUUGGUUAAGAUUACACAUUAUUCACCACCAUUGUAGCU